UGUCCGUUUGGUCUUCUACCCUUAUCUUUUGAUUAAUGAUUUUUUUUUACGGUUUACUCCAAUCCACUUGCGCGUGGAGACAGACACGUGUUUUUCUUGACAUCAAAGCAGCAGAUAUCCUGAUUAAAUCAAUAAUUAAAACUUAUCGUUUUAAUAAAAUAUUCAUAUUGAUGGGCAACGUUGAUAUUGGUUUUGUAGAAGAGUGUGAACACUGGAGGCUGGAAAGUCGAUUUUUCCCAAGCAAAAUUGGAGGCAAACCAGCGUGGCUAGAUUUAAAGAAUAUUCCUGCCAAGACAAAUCUUGAGUGUGAAUAUUGUAGUCAGCCUUGUAUAUUUUUGUGUCAAGUAUAUGCACCAUAUGAGGAAGAUGUGAGAGCAUUUCAUAGGACACUUUAUGUUUUUGUUUGCAAAUCUGCAGAAUGUUGUAAGAUGAAUAAGAAUGGAAAUUUAAAAAUCCUAAGAUCACAAUUAGAAAGAAAUAAUGCAUUUUAUCCAUCGGAUCCACCAGAAGAGCAUGAAGAUUGGAGACCUGAUAUAAAUGCAGCAAAAUGGAGAAAAACCUGUGUUAUAUGUGGUAUUUUUGCAUCUAGCCACUGUGCUAAAUGUAAGAAAGUGAAUUAUUGCUGUCGUGAGCAUCAAAUUUUGGACUGGAAACAUGGGCACAAAGACACGUGCGGUACUAGUCAGAAUGCAGGAGCAACUAGUAUAUUAUUUCCUGAAUUUGAAUUAGCAACUGAAUGUGAAGAAGUGUCUGAAGAGAAUUCUAAGGACGAUGAAGAUGAUAAGGAAGCUCAAGAAAUAGAGAAAUAUAAGAAGUUGUUAGAAGAAGGAAAAGCAGGAACUCUUCAGUCUGAGAAAGAUGUAGAUGCUGAUUUAUUGAAAAUGGCAAGCAGCAUCGAAGAUGAAACAUUUACAAAUUUUUCUAUUCGAAUUAAAAAAUAUCCAGACCAAGUUCUCAGAUACGAUAGAGGAGGUAAACCCUUAUACAUCUCUUCAAGUAAUCAACCAACCAAUAUUCCAGUAUGCCAAGAAUGUGGCAGUAAAAGACAAUUUGAGUUUCAGAUAAUGCCCCAACUUCUAAACUAUCUCAAAUUGGACAACACAUUGAAAGAUCUUGACUGGGGAAUAUUAGCAGUAUUUACGUGUACAGAAUCCUGCAUACCCAAAUCUGGUUAUGUCACAGAAUAUAUAUGGAAACAGGAUAUCAAUCAAGAUGAUUAUAAACUUUUACAAACAAAAACUACCGACUAACACGUAAUUAUUAAGUUUCAUUCUGAUGCAUACAAAUAAAUGUUUUCAUAAAAUAAUAAAAUAAAAAAAGGGUAUAAAUUCCAUAUUUUUCACAUUAA